UAUUUACUAAUAGUCUCUUCAUCUACGAAAUGCUCGGUCCUGUGAGGCCAGAGGAAGUGGGGACACGGACAACGCUCAGUACUGUCAUUCCCCUCGCUCCCUCUCGCUCCCCGGCCGCGCGGACUCCAGCGUCGUGACGUAAGAGCCGAGGAAGCCUCUUCUCUCCGCCACCCCCUCCCUUCGUUUCCAAGGAAACGUGGACUCCGCGUUCCCCUCUCCGUCGCUGCCCACUUGACGUCAUGGCCCGGGUGGGAGGGCGAGGCGGGGCGGCGCGGGCGGGCGGGCCGGCCGGGCUGUGCACCUGCGCCGCGGCGGGGCCGCUUGGGGCUCGGUCCCCGGCCCGCCCGGCCCCGCCAUGGCCAGGCCGCAGAGGACCCCGGCGCGCAGUCCCGACAGCAUCGUCGAGGUGAAGAGCAAAUUUGACGCUGAGUUCCGACGCUUUGCAUUGCCCCGGGCUUCCGUGAGCUGCUUCCAAGAGUUCUCCCGGCUGCUGCGUACGGUGCACCAGAUCCCGGGCCUGGACGUGCUGCUGGGCUACACGGAUGCCCAUGGUGAUCUACUACCCCUCACCAACGAUGACAGCCUGCACCGGGCCCUGGCCAGUGGGCCCCCGCCGCUGCGCCUACUGGUGCAGAAGCGGGCAGAAGCCGACUCCAGUGGCUUAGCUUUUGCCUCCAACUCCCUGCAGCGGCGCAAGAAAGGGCUGCUACUGCGGCCGGCGACAUCCCUGCGUGCCCGGCCCCCCCUGCUCAUCAGCCUGCCCCAGGACUUCCGCCAGGUUUCCUCAGUCAUCGACGUGGAUCUCCUGCCCGAGACCCACCGGCGGGUGCGGCUGCACAAGCACGGCUCCGACCGGCCCCUUGGCUUCUACAUCAGAGAUGGUGUGAGCGUCCGGGUGGCCCCGCAGGGCCUGGAGCGGGUCCCCGGUAUCUUCAUCUCGCGUUUGGUCCGCGGGGGCCUGGCCGAGAGCACGGGGCUGCUGGCUGUCAGCGAUGAGAUCCUUGAGGUCAAUGGCAUCGAGGUGGCCGGGAAGACCUUGGACCAAGUGACGGACAUGAUGGUCGCCAACAGCCACAACCUCGUGGUCACGGUCAAGCCCGCCAACCAGCGCAACAACGUGGUGCGGGGAGUGUCAAAGCGCCCAGUGGGGCCCUCCUCCUCCAUGGGGCCCGGGCCUGCUGAGCCAGACAGCGAUGAUGACAGCAAUGACCUGGUCAUUGAGAACCGCCAGCCUCCCUGUUCCAAUGGGCUGACUCGGGGGCCCGCGGGCUGGGACCUGCAUGCCAGCUGCCUACUUCCUGGUGCCCACAGCUCUUUGCCCUCCCUAGAUGGCCAGCAGCAGGCUGGCUUGGGCUGGGGAAGUCGCAUGCGCGGAGAUGGGAGCGGCUUCAGCCUGUGACAGGGCAAUGGUGCCAUUGGCUGGCACAGCUUUUGGGACCGGGCAGGGACUUCCCAUCCACCAGGGUGUUUGGCUUGCUCACAGUGACCCCUUGGCCUAGGGGACAUUAAAAGUUUUCUACAGAUGCCA